GCCAGCCCGGAGGAGCACGCGCGUAUGGAAAUCCGGCCUCCUUCGACCGGAAGCCGCCUCCGGUUGCCUUGGCGACGACGCGACGCCCCUCUCGCCGCCUCUGGACGCUGGCAGGGGCUUCUUUCUGCCUGCCCGCCAUGUCGCUGCGGACGCUGCCGCUGCUCGUCCUGAACCUGGGCGGGGAGAUGCUGUACAUCGUGGACCAGCGGCUGCGCGCGCAGAGCAUCCCGGGAGACAAGGCGCGCCAAGUGAUGAAUGACAUCAUUGGGGGCAUCUUCAAUAAAAAUUUUAUGGAUGAGCUGUUUAAGCCACAGGAACUCUAUUCCAGGAAAGCCCUAAGGGCAGUUUUUGAGCGGUUGGUUCAUGCCUCCAUCAUGAGACUAAAUGCCCCCAGUAUGGAUAAGCUUUAUGAUCUAAUGACUAUGGCUUUCAAGUACCAAGUUCUCCUCUGCCCUCGACCCAAGGACCUUCUGCUCAUCACUUUCAACCAUCUGGAUGCAAUUAAGGAUUUUGUCUAUGAAUCACACAAAAUUCUGAACCAAAUUGAUGUUACCAUGCGCAAGUUCAUUGAUACCUACGUCUUGCUCUCUGCUGGGGAACUUCAGCUCAUCCGCCAAACGCUGCUCAUCUUUUUCCAGGAUAUACAUAUCAGGGUUUCCAUUCUCUUAAAAGAUAAAGUGCAGAAUUCCAAUGGCCAUUUUGUGCUGCCAACCUCAAGUUCAGUUCCUUGGGGGACAGAGAUCCCUGGACUCAUCAGACUUUAUAACAAUAAAGAAGAUGAAAUUCAGAGGAUCGAGUUCAGCAGUGGAGGAAAUUAUGUUCUUCCGUAUCGGGAAGGCUCUUUUGACCUUCAUGGAGACAGAGUCAUUAGACUGGGAACAAACAUAUACAGCAUCAGCCGGCCUGUAGAGACAGAUGUAUCAGGGGCCACCAAAAACUUGGCAUCUCGUGUUAAGGAGAACACUGCUCCCAACCCUCUUGCUAAAGAAGAGCUGGAUUUAUUAGCCAGGCUGAUGGGUGGCUUGGAGAUCAAGAAGCCCCUAGUCAAAGAGGGUGGUUUUCAUCUGAAUCUUUUCACCACUGAUGAGGAGGAAGAACACGCUGCCCUGACUCAUCCAGAGGAGUUAUCCUAUCAAGUUCUCAAUAUCCAUGCAGACCAGGACCAGCAACGGAACGAGGAGCUAGAUCGUAUCAUGGGGGAAUUUGAGAUGUCGGAACAGCACAAUGAGACAAACAGCAAAGAAUGUGACUUGUUGGCGAUGAUGGAUAAACUCUAACCCUCAGCUUUGAAGAGCCAUACAGCUUUAAUGCAAAGGAAUGUUAGGACACCCAACGUGAUGUUAGAAGAUGUCAGUCAGAUAGAACAGAAUGGAUUCUUAAGUUAUCCAUUUUUUGUUAGGACACUUGACUCUCCUAGAUGUAUAUUUCAUCUUGGUAUCAUAUAGUUGGUUAGAGUUCACAUAAUAUAAUAAACCAAAACUAAAAUUAUAUUGGA